GCCGCGCGUGAGCUGCUCAGGAGCUCCUCGCCCUGGCACGCCGUGGACGAGGCCACCCGGAAGGAGUGCUUCGAGAUUUUCGUGGAGCACCUGGGAAACCAUGCGAAUCAGAAGAAGGACAAGAAGAAGGAUAAGAAGAAGAAGCACAAGGGAGACAAGGAGCCCCAGGGGGACGAGGCCGCGCCGGCCAAGAAGGAGAAGAAGCGGAAG